ACUUCGAUCAGGGGACCCCCCGCGCAACGGCCCGCGAAACGGCCCUUCCGCGGCUUCCCGCGCUUGACUGAUGAAGCGCGGCCAUGGCGAUGAUGGCUACGAGCCAUCGAAACGCCAAGCGUCCGGGCGCGCGGACGUGCCCCGGUGCAGACACGCCUUCAAGGUCCUGAUCACCGACAGCCUGGCGGCAGGUUUGCUCGGCACCCACGGGUCUGUCAAAGAUGAGAUUCAGCAGGAGACAGGCGCCCGCCUGGUCUUCAGCAACCGAAACGACUACUUCCCAGACACCAAGUAUCGCGUCAUGGGGAUCUAUUCAGAUGAUCCGGGCGUGAUUCUGGAUGUGUUUAGCUGCAUGAUGCCCCUGCUGAUCAAGCACGGCGACGACGAGCGGAAAUCGCAGCCAUCGGGGCAGACGGAUUUGUGUGGCAAGGAGCACGGCGAGUACAUCUUCCGGUUCAUCUUGACCCGGCGGAUGCAAAGUCAGAUCGUCGGCACCGGCGGGAGCAACAUCAAGUUCAUCCGCCAGGAUUCCGGGGCCAAGGUGUUCGUGGAGAAUGAAAGCAUCCUCGGGCAUCGGGCAGGCAAAGUCAUCGGCACGCCCAACACGAUUCUGGCGGCGCUGCGGCACGUCAACGAGUUUGUGCAGUGCGAGAGCGAGUUUGAGGAUGAGUUCUACCACGGCUUUGCCCGUAUCGUGAACUUCGCCGAGGCCCAGCAACGCGGCUGGGAGCCGCCCCCGGAGCCCAAGGAGACUUGGACAAGCCAGUGGCCAACCGACUGUUUGCUUCAGGGCAAGGGGAUGCUCACCCGCUCUGCCGCGUCUUUGAACGCCAUGCCAAAGGCUGCUCACCACAAGACGGGUGACUCCCUCAAGGACAUCGUGCCUCCGCCGCCUGCCCAUGGCAAGGGCACAGGCCGCUCGCCCGUGGGCGAGGACGGGCGGGGGCCCUGGAGAGUUUCCCCGCGGGCACCGUGAAGCUGCAGUACUCCAUGUGCUGCGAAGUGCCGGCCGCCUGCGUUGGGCUGCUGGUGGGCACUGGCGGCGAAGCGAUCCGCCAAGCGGAGCAGGCCUCCGGCGCCAAGAUUGAGAUCGAGAGGUCCAGUCGAGGAGAGAGCAGGAGACAAUGACUCUUGUUGGCACACUGCUGAACAUCUACGUGGCGCAUGCCAUUAUGAUGUCCAGCUCGAGGACCCCGAGGAGCCAGAGCCGCUGACGCGGGCGGCGGCCUAUGGGGCGCGGGAGGAUCUGGAGGAGACCAGGAGGAGCAAGAUCCGGCAGACGAGGAGCCUCUUUUCAUGUCGGAGCAUUUGGAGCCAGAGCAUCUGGAGCCGCAGCAUCUGGAGCCAGAGCAUCUGGAGCCAGAACAUCUGGAGCCAGAGCAUCUGGAGCAAGACCAUUUGGACGAGGAGGAUAUGGAGGCGGAGAGUGAUGAGGAUCCCGAUGUGAUCCGUGAGCAGAUCGCCAAGCUCGAGGAGAAGCUGGCGAGAGCUCUUGCCCGGCGUGCUGGGAAGGAGUAGCCGGACCGAUGCGCGCUUUCAGAAGGAGAUUCGCUUGAAGACAUGGACUUGUAAGUCCGUCUCCCAGCU